UCAAGCUCCACCCUUCAGUAGUACAGCAACCUUGAAACUUCAUUCUUAAAAAAGGGACUGGAUGGGAUGAUUUUGGUCUCUACAACAGUUACCUCCAUUGUACACACAUUUUCUUUUGUACACGUUUCUAAAUCCAGCAAGUGUGUGCCCAGCUGCUUCUUGAGUUUUACCACAGCCACGGGGAGGUGUGCAGGCUAACACAGCUGGGCAGGCCCUGACAAGCAGGAUUGGGCCUCUCCUCUGGCAGUUUCAUAUUCUCACUGAUUGCACAUCCUCUCUUACCCACUGUUGCUCUAUGCAGACCAGAUGGAUUCCAGCAUUCAUACACUACAGAGGUGCCUGGAGAACAUUUGCAAGGUGAUCAGAAAGGCUAAUGAUGUGCUGUGUGGAAUCAGCCAUCCCUCUGUCUGCAGUGAGGUGCUGCUCUCCGCUCAAGGGAAGUCCUACAUCUCAGGUGUAGUUGAGGUUUACAAAGUGUCUAAGAGAGUGGAAGGAGGCAUGAGAACCCAUGGCUUCGUAAAUGAAGCUCUCCAACGCAGCGUCAAGGACAUUGAGUUACUGUGGAAUAAUCUACAGGCGUUCCUAACAUUCAGCCCCGCUGUAUUACAAACGCUGCCCACUGGAGCCUGUCUAAACGGGCUGGUUGAUGUACCUCAGCCCGAUCUCCGAUAUGAAUGCUGUGGGGUUUGUCAAUCACAAGUGUCCAUGGAAACAGAGGUUGCUUCAGACAAAGACAUCCUGAGCUACAAUGAAUGCCACUACCAUACCAGCUGUGCCAACUUCUGGUUGAAUUGUGUAGAUCUAAACCUGCCAUUCACCCCAGCACAGAAACAGGGUUGAGUCAUGUAUUAUUGUAAAUGAUGUAUAUAUUUGUUGUGAAUACCCAGUUUCUUAAUUGCUGCCCAACCAGUGCCAACAAAUAUCCAGUGACAAAAAGGACUAAAUGAUUGUAACUACAGUGAAACCCACUUAAUAUCACUCUUGUUAAUGUCACUCUCCUCUUAUUAAGGUUUAAAAGCAUCUUAUUAAAUAU